GGAGGCCAAUCGUGACCCGUGUGAGAAACAGAAACAACGAGUGAUCUGUGUUUCACUAGCUGAAUUAAAAAUAAGCAGUGAGAGCUUUUUGUUUGAAAUGCAGAUGAGCCAUUAAAACUGUUUCCCGACACCCUGACAGUGACGACGUCUCUUGCCAGAUCAUAAUGGGCUUAAAUGCUUCUAACACUCAAGCAAUUGUUUCCUUAUCAGCUCCCGAUACAUCACUGAGAACAGCCUCGGCUUACAGAGGCAGUCACUUGGCACAUGGCGUGGCUGUAAUGGUGUGUGACGCCAUCUCUGUUCUGUUUUACUUUCCUGUCUACGCUGCAACGACCAAUAUUGGUACAAACUUUAGUCUAAAUGGUCUAAAUUGAGCUAAAUGUACAGCUACAUAUCAGUUCACUGAUAUGAAAGCUUAGUGGGAAGAGGUGGGACGCAGACUUUUAUUUGAAAUUGAUUAGUAAAUUUAAGGCCGAGUCGAGUCCAAGUGUUUAACUUUGUGAAUCUUUUCCAAGACUGAGGCUACUCUUCUACUACUAACAACACUUUUAGAGCCGGUGGUAAACAUCGUGUUACAAUUCAACCAAAAUAAAUCCUUAUUGUAUUGAUGUCACCCCAGAUUGUCCCUAUUCAUGGGUCAGCAUGACUCGAGGAGCUCCAGCAGGUGGAGUGUCCUUUCUCUUCUUCGAGGUUUAACUCAGACUAUCUGAUAAGCUGAGUGAUCCAUCGCAGAGCUCGGCCUCCUCUCUAUCUUUAGUGAGCCACCGUCUGUGAAUGGAGAGCCUAACUUUAUCUCGCCCACUGUCAUAGAAGCUGCUGUUAUUUUUAGGGGGUGGCUCGCAGUGGCAGCAGCUGUGAAAGCAUUUAAUGCCCCCACCUCCACCCCCAUUCCAACUCUCUCCUGCUCACUCUUUAGCUGUCGGACAAUGACAGUAUCAGAGCUGACGCACAAACCAAGCGCUUGGCUGAAAGACGGCGGUCAUUUUCCCCUCUGCCACCUGCAACCCAGCGCCAACUGGAGGGGACUCAACCAGAGAAGAUACCUGUGAUUACAGGCCACCCAGUGUGAAUGGAGGACUUCAUUUUUCUCACAUGCUUCGACUCUCAGUGACCAGGAGGUGUGUCAAAAGUCUCCCAGAAUCUAAAAGCAACAAGCCAAACAAGAAAGGAACAGAGCUGAAGAGACUCAGUAAGAUCUACAGAGCAACAGAGGGAAUAUCAGUCAAGUACAAGUUGCAGAAUUUGGUCAUAUGAAUUAACUGACGCCAGCUUGAACUUUCUGAGGGCAUCAUAUUGAAGUUAACAUCACAAAGUCGACGAGAUGAUUUGAAGUCUUUUAAACGACCCACAAUCGCGCCUCUGCACCAACGAAAAAGGCUUUAGUCGAGGCAAGGCUACAACAAAAGACGUUUCUUCAUUUGAACCAGAGAGAGGGUGACAUCACCAUGGAUAUUUUCGGAGGUGCUCCUCGUGUUUUGGGUUACCCACGCCCUGUGGUGGCACAGUGCGGCACGGUUGCAACCCUGAGGUGUCAAAUCGAUGGGGAUCCUCGCCCUGACGUGAUCUGGGAGCGUAAAAACAUCCAGAUCUUGUCUGAUGGACACUACAAGCUCUCGGAGGAAGGGAAAGCUUACCUGCUGACUAUUACUGGAGUCACCCCACAGGAUGCUGGCCAGUAUAUUUGUAAAGCCAAAAAUAGUAUAGGUGAAACCUAUGCAGCAGCCUCACUCAAAGUGGAGGGAGAGGCGCAGCUACAGGAAGGGGGGCAAAGGCAAUUAGGGGUCAAUGGUGUGACGCAACCAAUGAAAGAAAACGGAGAAUUUGGAGGACACAUGAAUGGCUACUGCACAGUGCAAAAUGGUGAUCAACAAAAGGAAAACGGAGAUGUGCUGAACGGAAAGGAUAAGUGGAACGCCAAGAACGGUGUAAAACCAGAAGAAGUAGAUUUACCGUCUGAUGACAAACCGCGAUUCCUCAUCAAGCCUCUUUCUCUGCGCGUGGAUCGAGGAGAAGACGCCGCCUUCUCCUGCAAAAUCUGGGGUACUCCUGUUCCUGAAGUGACAUGGGAGAAAGAUGGGAAGAAGCUGAAUGACAUCUUCGAGACUGCACACUUUGGCGUGAGCAAUCAAGAUGGCGGCUGGUUCCAGCUCAAGAUCUACAGGACACGCAUGCCAGACAAAGGUGUCUACACCUGCAGGGCCAUCAACUGCUACGGCGAGGCCUUGGCCGGCGCUGUCCUUCUCGUCGAGCCCGUACCGGAGCGGGAGGAGAGUAAAAUGUCCUCAAACAGCCACGCUAACAGCCAGUGGUCCCCAAAGCACAGGGGUGGGAGGCUCAGUUUGUCACGGCUUGCAGAGGAAUCAAGUGUCAGUGCUUCAAAAGCCAAGAAGUUUGCAGUGGCGGAGGGGAAACACGCCAAAUUUCGCUGUUUUGUCACAGGAAAGCCAAAGCCGGACAUCAUUUGGAAGAAAGAUGGAGUUCCCUUGGAGCCCGGGAGGCGUCAUCUGAUAUUUGAGGACCGAGAAGGCUACUACACGCUGAAGGUUCUGUACUGUAAAGUGCAGGAUACAGGGCUGUAUGUGUGUGCAGCAUCAAACGCUCUUGGCAACACCCUCAGUGCUGUUCACCUGUCUGUCAAAGGCCCAGCUGUGCGCUUUACACGUCCGUUAAAAGAUGUAGAAGUGAGGGAGAGGGAUGUGGCCGUGCUGGAGUGCGAGGUUCCCAACGAGUCAAUUCCGUCUGCCUGGUACCUGGAGGACCAGCGGCUGAUGCCCAGCAGCAAAUACGGGAUGGAGCAGAAAGGGACGAAAAGACGACUGACCAUCCAUGAUGUCGGGACAGAUGACGAUGGAGUGUAUCUCUGUGAGAUGCCUGAUGGAGGAAAGAGCAUUGCUGAGCUAUCGGUUAAAGGCACUAUUGUUCGUAAACUUCCACGGAAGCUGGAGGUCCUGGAGGGUGAGAACGCUGUGUUCUGUGUCGAGGUGGAGAGCGACGAUAUGGAGAUCCACUGGUUCAAAGACGGUUUUAAGCUGCACGAGUCCCACCAGACGAUCCUCAAGUCUUUCGGCAAAACUCACAUUCUGGUCUUUGUCAACGUGGCCUACCAGGACUCAGGGGUAGUGACGUUCGUCGCAGGAAGAUCCAAGACCUCAUCACGUUUGAAGGUCAAAGCCACAAGACACUGCCCUCCCAUCUGCCCCGUGGGAGUCAAAAUGGACAUGGAUCGACCCAACAGCGUCCUGCUUACCUGGACGCCUGCGCCCAACAGCCAGACCUCCACCCGAUCCAUCUUUGUCGUGGAGAGACAGGAAGUGGGUUCACAAGAGUGGCAGAAGUGUUUCACCACAGAGACCACCACUUCCGCUGAGAUCGCCGGCGACAGCGUGCAGUGUGAAGGCGACUACCGGUUCCGCGUCUGCUGCAUCAACAAGUAUGGGCGGAGUGGCCAUGUGGAGUUUCCCAAAGCUGUCCAUCUGGUUCCUGGACCAAAGAUUCACAGAAGUCUCAAAGGCUGUGAGGUUAUGGAAGGAGAAGACGCUCACUUCUCCAUCGAACUGUCUGCUACGAUGGUCGGAACCUGGUUUCUGAAUAGCGCUCAACUGCAGCACGGUGGGCGAUAUUCAGUAAAACAGUCCCAGACAAAGCACUCAUUGGUUAUCCAUGAAACGUGCACUGCAGAGGACACAGCAGAGGUCACGUUCAUAGCCAAUGGAGUCCGGGAUUCAGCUGUACUCAAGGUUAAACCUGCGGUGGUGAAAUUCAGCGCUCUGUCAGACUCAGACAGUAAUAAGAGGGUGGACAUUGGUGAUGCCAUUGUGCUCUACUGUGAAGUCUCCCACCCCUGCGCAAAGGUGUCGUGGUUCAAAGAUGGCAAGGAGCUCCAGGUAGACGAUGGCCUCAACAUCCAAUCAGACGGGAAUAUGAGGAGGAUUGUGAUUCAGUCAGCUGAUGAAUCUCACUCUGGGGUUUAUACAUGUGAAACUACAGGAGAUGUCAUCAAAUUCAACGUGAAUGUUGCAGGUCGUCCGGUGGAGUUCACUCCGGUCCCAGAGGAGGAGCUACAUAAGAGCAGCAUGGAGCUGGACCCAGUGGUGCUGCUCUGUCACGUCUCCGCAGACGAUGCUGAAGUCGUGUGGCAUAAGGACGGGUGUGAGAUCCAGCCCAGUGACAACAUCACUCUGCAGGCAGAGGGAACCAUGAGGAGGCUGAUCAUCCGCUCUGCAGAGGCCUCAGAUGCCGGCAGCUACACCUGCCGGGCAGGAAACAACAGCAUCGACUUCACUGUCAAUGUCAGAGAGCCUCCAGUGAUGAUUGUCGAGCCGAAGGAUGAUGUUGUGAUGGAGAGCUAUAUCUCAGAGGAGAUCCACCUGCAGUGUGAGUUGUCUCGUUCCAGCGGGAAGGUGCGGUGGUUCAAGGACGGCCAGGUGAUGGAGGAAAGCAGCAACGUCCAGCUGAUAUCUGAGGGUCCUUACAGGAGGCUGACCAUCCUCAAUGGCUCGGUGGAGGACGGCGGAGAAUACGUCUGUGAAACCGAUGGAGACUCUGUCUUUUUCCAGCUCACUGUCAAGGAGCCACCCGUAAAAAUUAUUUCACCGAGUGAAUCAGAAUUGGAACUGACCCACUUGGCUUCCGAAAGGCUGGAGCUCAGCUGUGAAAUCUCUCAUGCGGAUGCCCCUGUCCACUGGUACAAAGACAGCCUGGAGGUAGAUGAGGGUCCUAACUUGAUCCUGGAGGUAGAGGGGACCAAACGCCGACUGGUUAUACCCUUCACCACUGUGGACGACACGGGGGAGUAUAUAUGUGACACCGAAGAUGACUCUGUGGCCUUCCUGGUGACCAUUACAGAGCCCGCAGUUACACUUACUCGUCCAGACAACAUGCCUGACAUACUGGAAAGUUUUGCCGGCAAACCAAUCGUGCUGGAGAUCGAGGUGUCACGGCCAAAUGCUGAAGUCAAGUGGUGGUUUAAUGGCAGAGAAAUCGAGGAGAGCAGUAAUGUCACCAUCACAGAGGAUGGGCUCACCCACCGUCUGACAAUUCACUCACCCUCUCCAGAGGAUUCUGGGAAAUAUACCUGUGACGCUCUUGAUGAUAAAAUCGAUUUCCAGGUCAAAGUUUCAGAGCCUCCAGUGAAGAUUCUGAGAAAGUCAGAGAUUAAGGCAAAUCUUAAAUCCACGCUUUCUGAUGACAUUGUGCUGGAGUGCGAGCUCUCAAGAGCCAACGCUGUUGCCAAAUGGUACAAGGACAACUGUCGUAUUGAGGGCGAUGAAAGGUACUGCGAAGAGGAAGAAGGCGCUUUUCGCUCGCUGGUCAUCCUUAAUGCUGAACUUGGAGACUCGGGAGAGUAUUUUCUGGAUGUCGGAGAUGACAGUAUCAGCUUCCAGGUUACCGUAGAAGAGCCUCCAGUGACAAUCGUGGGCAACUCAAAUGAAACGGAUUAUCAGGAGAUGAUGGCAGGGGAAGACCUGAUCCUAGCCUGUGAAGUGUCGCGUGCUAACGCCCCUGUCCAGUGGUACUGCAACGACAAGCUGCUAACCAACGACUCCCGCACUCACAUCGAGAGCUACGGCACUCUGAGGAAAAUCAUCAUCUCCAAUAUCCAGCACUCGGAUUCUGGGAAGUAUGUGUGUGAUGCUGUGGACGACAAGAUGAUCUGCGUUUUUAAGAUCAAUGAGCCUCCAGUCACGUUCGUGCACAAGAAGGACGACAUUGUUGUGACAGGUUACGAGGCAGAGAGCGUGACCUUGACAAGCUACGUAUCCAAGGAAGGCGCUCAAGUGCGUUGGCUGAAAGACUGGUCACCUGUUGAAGGCGAGCGUUUCAGGGCACUCACCGAGGGCCAUGAACGCACCCUAACCAUCGAGCCUCUGAGGCGCUCUGAUGCUGGCGAGUACACCUGCGACGUCAACACGGACCAGAUCCACUUCAGCUUGCUGGUGAAAGAAAUGAGAAUCAAGUUCGUGAGGCCGCUCCAUGACACUGUGGCCCACGCUGACGGCAUGGUGACACUUCGCUGUGAGGUGUGCAAGCCGAAAGCAGAUGUCCAGUGGCUGAAGAACGGCGUGGAGGUGGUUCCAAGCCGGAGGUUCUCCAUCCGGGCGGAUGGAGUUGAGCGCAGUUUGACCAUCCACCGUUUAACUCGGGAGGAUUCUGGGGAGUACGCCUGCGAGUCAAGAGACGACCGGACUGCUGCAACGCUGAGAGUAGAGAUGCCUCGAGUGGUGGAGUUCCUGACAGAGCUCCACAACACCACUGUGCUUGAGGGAGAAGAUGCCACCUUCAAGUGUGUGGUUUCCCCUGAGGAUGUCCAGUUGGUCUGGAUCAUGGACAACGAGCCGAUCACACUGGGCGAUCGCUUCCAGGCAGAGCAGAACGGCCUCUGCCACACCUUGGUGAUCAAGAAGUGCCAGAUGUUGGACUGUUCGAAGAUUUCAGCUGAGGCCGAGGGACAAAUAAGCAAAGCCACGCUCAAAGUUCAAGAGGCUCAAGUCAUGUUUACAAAGAAAAUGGAUGCCGUCGUGGCAGAAGAGUUUGGAGACGCCACCUUGGAGACUGAAAUCAGCCUUGAGAUGGGAGAGGUCCAGUGGAUGAGGCAAGGGGUGGUUAUUCAACCAGGUCCCCGAUACAUACUGGCCCAGAAUGGCUAUAAACGGUCUCUGACCAUCCAAAACCUGAGUCUAUCCGACCGAGGAACCUAUCGCUGCGAGACUCUGCAUGACCGGACGCAGGUCAAGCUCAAUGUAGAACCACGUAAAAUCUGCAUCCGUAAAGGCCUAACUGACCAAGAAACCUUUGAGCGAGAGACGGCCUCCUUCGAGGUGGAGCUCUCCCACACAGACGUGGAGGGCAUCUGGCAGAAAGACGGCAUCCGGGUGAAGCCCAACAACCACUGGCGGGUGAGCACCAACGGGCUGAUCCACGGCCUCACCCUGUCCAACCUCACCCUGGAGGACACGGGCACCAUCGUCUUCUCAGCUGAAGGAGUGCGCACCACCGCUAGGCUCACUAUUAAAGAGACUCCAGUGUCAAUACUGAAAACACUGACUGACGUCCGUGUGGAGGAGGAGUUUCCCGCCACUCUGGAGUGCGAGUUCUCCAGACAAAUCAUCGAAGUCAGGUGGCUUAAGAAUGGGAAGGAGAUGAAGCCCGGGAAGAACUGUCGGAUCUACUCCAUGGGCCGGAAGCGGUUCUGUCAGAUCAUGCAGUGCUCCCUGGCGGACUCUGGCACCUACACAUGCGACGCUGGGGAAGUCAACACUUCCUGUUCACUGGAGGUUUACGAGCACAAGUUGGAGAUAGUGCAGGAUCUGGAGGACCUUUACAUUCAGGAGGACCAGAACGCCGUCUUCAUGUGCGAGGUGUCUCUGGAGGAUGUUACCGGGGAGUGGUACAGAGACGGCCACAAGAUUCGACCCACGAGCACCAUCAAGAUCCGCACCGAAGGGACCAAACACUUCCUGCUGAUGUGCAACGUCAAAGCUGAAGACGCCGGGGAAAUCCGCUUCGCAGCCAGGGAUGUUGAAUCCACAGCAUACCUGGAAGUAGAAGAGCUCCCCGUUUCCAUUGUGAAACCCCUGCGAGAUCGAACGGCCCUGGAGAAGCACCGCGUGAUCCUCGAGUGCACCGUGUCCUCGCCUCGCUGCAGCCCCGUCUGGUACAAGGGCAGGGAGGAACUGGUUCCCUCGGAUCGGCUGGAGAUGGUGGCCGACGGCUGCUCCCUGAAACUGGUGAUCAAUCAGGUGACCGUGGAGGAUGAGGGAACCUACAGCGUGGAGGUCGGAGAGCACACGUCCAAAGCCAAACUGAUGGUGGAAGCUCAAGCCCUCGUGAUGGUGAAAGAGCUGGAGGACGUGGAGGUAACCGAGCCUGAGCCGGCAUCUUUCCAGUGCGAGGUGUCUGUCGCCAUAAACAAGCCUCCCGUCUGGACUCUGAAUGGAGAGACCCUUCAGUCGGGCCCCUCGGUCCGCCUGGAAGACCACGGGACGGUCUACAAACUCACCCUGAAGAACACCAGCGUGGACAUGAGCGGCGUGGUGAAGUUCACCUUGGGAAAGGCGAAGAGCAGCGCCCAGCUCAGCGUGAACUAGAGGAAGAGCGAGAAAAGAAAGUGACUCAAACAGAAAAGUGAAGUGCCGCUCGUCACACCUUGAACUUGUCAACAUCCAUUUGUCAUGAUCAGGUGAUCUGCAUUUCCCUGAUUGGAGUUUGAUUUCAAAAUGAGGGUAGAGUAAGCAUUUUAAACCUCGAGUCAAGUUAUUCCUUUUUUACAGUUUAGAUAUUUAUUUGCCUGAUUAUGAUGUACAACCGAUUUUACAUUCUUGUAUGCUGAUUCUGAUGUAAAACCCCCACCACCCCGCCAAAAUAAAACAAAUAGUAACAGUGGUUAGCAGUGAAUACAUGUCAUUAAUGUUUUCUGUUUAAGGAGGGAGUCCAUGAGAAUCAUUUUCAUCAAUGAUCAGUCGAUUACUUGUCAAGUUUUUAGGAAAAACAUGUCAAAAUUAACUGAUUUCAGCUUCUUAAAUGUGAAUAUUUGCUGGUUUCCUUCCUUCUCUGUGUCAGUAAACUGAAUAUAUUUGGGUUGUGGACAAAACAAGAAGUCUGAGGAUGUCAUCUUGGGAUUUGGGAGACACUGACCUUCAUUUUUCUCCAUUUUCUGACAAUUUAUAGAAACAGCUUAUCUUACAUUGACAAGGAAAUUAUGGACCAGUUGAUCAACAAUGAAAAUUAUCAUUGGCUACAGCCCCAAUGCUAAAUCAAGAGUGGUUCUUAAGAAUCAAGAAUAAUAAAACUAGUGGUGACUUUAAUUUAAAAGUAUAUUAAUUGGCAGUGUUGGAUUGCUUUGUUUAUGAUAAUAUAAGCACAAAUCCUACUAUAAGUGAUGAUUUAAACUAGCUCAUCAACAAUAAUACAUCUUUAGCGGUACAAACUCUGACAUUAAUCCUGUUUUGGCUUGUUGAAUAUGAUAAAUUCUUGUUAUCACACGUUUCUUACAUUUUCUAGCUUUUCCUGAUACAAAUAAACUACUUACACUGUAACUUACCCAGAUACGUAGCCGCUGGCCUCUCCAAUUAGCAUAAUACAGGUGCUGUGGUCCGAGGACACUCACCGCGUUGUCAGGAUGGAAGACGUAGGAAGCAGGGGAGUUGUCCACGAUGAUGACCUUGUUCAGGUCGCGACCCAGGCGGCUCAGGUCCUUCACGUAGUU